AUGAUGGUCCUGACUUUAUUAUUUUGUCUGCUGUCUUUUCUGUCUCAAUUACCUUUUGUGUUUCCCAUAGGAAACAUUUCUCUCAAAUGCAUGGGAGACACUGAUGAAUUCCUUUCCGAUUUGAAUUCAGUGGAGCCCAAAGAAUACGCUCUAAGAAUGUACGACUCUGCCGGGAAGCUUGGGAGCAAUGUCCUGAACGGAAACGUGGAUAGGCUGGGAUCUUACAGUGAGUGCCUCUCCACCCGUGCUCCCUCCGGGAGUUUCCAAGGCCACUAUUGCAAGAUUCACAUCCUGCAGGACGGAGCCGAAUACAGAGUAGGCGUGUGUGUCCCUGAUUCUUGCGCGGAAGAGGAUGUGACCGUGAUGUCUCAGUUGGAUAUUUUAAGAUACAGAAAUACUUCAUUUCUGGCCCCUUCUCUCUCUCUCUUUACAACAAAUUCUUCCUCCUCAUCUGGCGUGGCUGUGGCUAGAUGCGCUUCUGGAAAGUUCCCUUUCGACACCUUUGUCGCCGUGUGUCUGUUCGUCACCUUACUGGGUAUCUCCUUGCCCCUGGCUGGGACCAUCUACGUGGCAGUGAGGGAGCGGGGGUCCGAUGGCAGGUCGUCACCUGUACCUCCGGCCACCGACAGGAGUCUGCCUCUGAGAGAGACGCAGACGGGUGAACCAAGAAGCAGAACAGCUUGCCCAGCCCAUCUCUCACUAUCAGGAUCCCCGAGCAGAGGAAAAAGACUUUCAGGAGCCAUGGAGCACGCUCUGAAAUGCUUCUCUUGGCAGAAGACCAUGCCGGCCGUCUGGACGUUGGAGACACCAGGACGCACGUGCUCCGUGCUCAACGGCAUCCGGGUUCUGAGUCUCCUCUGGAUCGUGUCGGGGCACACGGGGCAGAUGACCGCGUGGCUGUCUUUGGAUAAUGUGGUCGAGUGGAGAAAGAGAGUGCUUAAAAACCCCCUGUACCUUUAUUCUCGGAGCGGCCCCUUCUACCUGGGGGUCGACACAUUCUUCCUGGUCAGUGGCUGGUUAAGUGCAAGGUCGUUUUUAAAGCUACGUGAGAAUUCAGACAAAGGAACGACCCUCAGUGUCAUACUCAGAUUCGUCCUCAGCCGCCUUUUGAGGUUGCAGCCUCUUCACCUGUACUCGGUGUGCUUGCUGGUUGGAUUGUUCUCACUUGUUCCUUGGGGACCCAUCUGGGACCUGCCCAAGUUCCACCUGGAUAACUGCCGGCAGGCGUGGUGGGCGAAUGUGCUGCUGCUCAAUGAUUUUCUGGCGGUCCCAAACGCGUGUAACGGCUGGACGUGGUACCUCGCCAACGACUUUCAGUUUCAUCUCACCACGCCGGCGAUCGUCCUCGUCCACGGAAAAAGUAAACAUGUCCUUGUCCUCCUCGGGGCCAUGCUGUUCUUGGCAUCUUUCACUGCCACAGCUCUGCUCACACUGGCUUAUGCCCUUCCGGUCGCGGCUCCGUCAGAAGCAAGUGAAAAUGUGACUGUGUUAUAUUUCUCCGAAUAUUACACUAAGCCCUACUGCAGAUAUGGGCCGUUCCUCGUGGGCCUCUUUCUGAGCAUUUUCAUGCAUCAAAACCAUCAGGCAAACAUUCUUAAAACCAAGGCUCAGGCCGUGCUGGGGUGGAUUUGCGCCCUGUCCACCCUGUUCAUAGUGGUCGCUCUGGCGUACGUGGUGGAUGACAGCCUGGCCACCUCCUUGCCCGCCGUUGCUCUGUACCAGGCCCUGCACCGGACGCUGUGGGCGGCGGCUGUGGGCUGGGUCAUGCUGGCGUGUGAGGAAGGCCACGGAGGUCCAGUGAACCGGCUGCUGUCUUGCCAGCUCUGGACUCUGCUGGCCGGCAUCAGCUACGCCUGCUACUUGGUGCACCCUAUCCUCAUCGUGCUCUACAACGGGCUUCAGGAAACGCUGAUUCACUACACUGACACCAACAUGUUCUAUCUUUUCUCCGGACACUGUUUGCUGACCUUCAUCGCUGGGUUGGUCCUGACGCUGUGCAUAGAGAAACCGUGUCAGGAACUGAAGCGGCACCUGCUGGGACCAACACCUGCAGGGCCAUGAAGAAACAUUCUGGUAAAACCGGGAAGAAUGGAUGGGUUUGUUCUGCUGGUGAUGAGCAAAAGCAGGUGUGGCCUCGUUUAUGUAACAAAUGUUUGUCCCCCUGGUAAGGAGUGUGAAUCUGAUUUUGUGACUCUUUAAGAUAAUA